UGAAGUGUAUUGAAAUAAAAAACUUGUCUCUCAAAAUCGGGAAAAUAUUUUUCUGGUCGUGUUAAAGUACAAUUUUAUAAAAAUAACUAUCAAUUAGAAUUGCAAAACAAUGAGAACCUUGUAAAUCGCAUAUAUCACAAUCGUUUGAAGAUACUUUUGUGUAAAAAUGGGCCCGCCUAACAAUCGCAUGAAGUCUCGUGUGCCCAAGAUGACCACCCAGACUCUACUCGACUUCGAUCUGGGAGAGAGUUCGUCCGACAGUGAUUUCCGGAUUGAGGACCACGCCGAGAGUGAUGACGAUUUCUCGGAUGGGUCCAAAGACAAGGAGAGCAAUCAGGGAGGUGAUGGGAACUCGAAUUCGAGCUCCGAUGAUGAUGAUGACGAUAGUUCAGGAGAUGGAAGCGAAUCCAGCUGCUCCGACUUGAAACACCUCUUUGAAGAUGCCGAGUUAAAACCCCCAAAGGUUGAGACUAAGAUCAAGGAUGCUCUGACAAAAGUUAUCACUUCAGCUUCUCUAAAAGACAAGUUACCCACUAAACCAAUUUGUUGCGUUUGCUUGGGCGAUCGAAGUGAUGAUACCAACGAAGUUAUCGAGUGUGACAGCUGUGGAGUUUCUGUUCAUGAGGGUUGCUACGGUGUAAGUGACACAGCCAGUGUGUCCAGCACAACAUCAUCUUGCUCAACCGAACCAUGGUUUUGUGAAGCAUGCCGCGCUGGAGUUACGAAUCCUUCGUGCGAGCUUUGUCCAAAUAAAGGUGGCAUAUUCAAGGAAACAGAUGUAGGCAAAUGGGUACAUCUGGUGUGUGCCCUUUAUGUCCCGGGAGUGGCCUUCGGAGAAGUAGAUCAACUUUCUUCGGUGACACUCUUCGAAAUGCAGUACAGUAAGUGGGGAGCCAAAACCUGCACGCUUUGUGAAAAUGAGCGUUUCUCUAGGACUGGCGUUUGUAUUGGUUGUGAUGCUGGCAUGUGCAAAACAUUUUUCCAUGUCACUUGUGCACAGGCCGCGGGAUUUUUAUCCGAAGCACAUUCGGAGGAAGCAGAUCACGCGGACCCCUUCUACGCACACUGCAAAGUGCAUUCGGACAAAACUAUGAUAAAACAUCGAAAAAGGCAUUUCAACUCCAUAAAACUGGUAAUGGAGCACAAGAAUCUGGAAAAGCAAGAACACAAAAACGAUAAUCCAACACCAGGUCAAGUAAGAAUUCAGAGAAAGUUGGCCAAGUAUCAAAACAAAUACCGCAACAAUAAACAUCUGAAAAUAGAACCAUGGGUUCCGACUCAAAAGAUAUCAAGAUUACUCACCACCAGCGCCACUGCGUGCAACCGCCUCCUUAUGAAGGCUGAAAUAAUGGAUGUUGAUAUAGCCGCAUUAGAAUUACAAGAAGCUCAGAUCUCAGCCCUUACAGACAUUCGAAAGAAGUGGCAUAUAGCGCCAGCAUUUAGUGUGGAAUUUAUAGGCUAUUAUCUAGAUCGAAUUUCACGCAUUAAAGAACUCAAAGGCAAUUUAGAGCAGAUGAUUGACGCGAACACUAAUCUUUUGGGGGACCAACAGAGUCUCCGCGAUGAGUACGAUUUGAAGGUGAAAUCGAAUGCUGAUUUGAAAUCAAAGCACGAAGCAUUGCAGGCCAGUGUUCGUGAAAUGCACAAACAGAUAGAAUCACUAUGUCCAAGCAAAACAAUGCCAACUUUAGAAAACAUCGGGCGACAGGUAGCGGCACCAAGUCCUAUAGUGACUCCGCCUUCCCGUCCAAUGUCCGUACCAACAGCAGCUGCCCUCAAAAUGGGAGUUGGUUUCCCACUGGCACAUCUUCCUGGAAUAAAGGAUGACACAGGUCGUGUAUUAAGCACCCAAUCACAGAACAAGACGGCUCUGGUACACGAGUGUGGUAUAUGCAAACGCUGCAAUGACCAGCAUUUGCUAGCCAAGUGUGAUACCUGCCAUUUCCACUACCACUUAGGAUGCUUAAACCCACCACUCACACGUCACCCCAAAAAAUCAAAGCUCUAUGGUUGGCAGUGUUCCGAAUGUGAUAAGUCCGAAGACUCCGAUGCGGUCCCGGACAUGCCUAAGGGACCAAGAAAAUCACGUACGCGCUUCAGUAAAGACGGAACGAUUGUGCCGGCCGAUCCAAAUCUCUCCAGCUCAAAUCCCGAAACAAGCAUGUCCCCAAAAUCAAUUUCACCCGUCAAGAGAAGAUCAACCGAUACAAGCAUUCGGAUGGGGCCAAAAAGAUCAUCAUUAGAAUUCACUCAGAAUGGAAAAUCUCUCGCUUCUCUCCCAGCACCCAAACCCCUGCGAAAAUCUCUCGAUGCACCCAAGAAAAUAGAGGAUACAAUCAAUGCCGCAAAAAGACCCCGAUCCAAAAUAAUAGACUACAGUCCCCUGAUAACACACAAUCCACAAGUUGUUCUCGAGGAUGCUUUGAAAUCAGUGUCUGUGAAAAAGUUCGCAUCUAUAUCGAAUUUUCCAGAAUUUUCCGAAGCAGUGAGCGAAGCACAAAAGAAUUCAGCGAAAGAAGAUCCAUUGGCCACGACUUCAGAGGAUGCAAAGUUACUGUCUAAAGGUGCUCUGGAUUUGAGUUCAGUUCAAGCCCUAACUACCAGUCAAAGCACAAGUGCUAGCGCAUUAACUAGCCUCGAUAGCUCUAUUGGCUUUGAAACAGGCAAAGAGUUCCACAACAAAAACCGCAAGAAGCGCAGCAAAGAUAAACACAAAAGCAAGUAUUCGUCGGACAACGAAAAGUCCCCAUCGAAGGAGCACAAGCGAAAACGUAAAAAGAAGAACCACGACAAUGAAAACCCCAAUGACAAUGAGCCAGCUAUUCCUAAAAUUAAAAUUAAAUUCAAAACAUUGCCACUACCAGGGGAGGUAGCACCAGAAGCACACUUUUUUUAUGUUUCUGCCGAUAUGGUGCGUUCGCGACCAACAUCUGUUGAAACUGUAGAAGAUUUAACACUUAAUGCGGAUGAUAAUUCACAGAAUAAUAUUUCGGCAUCACCUGAAGUUGUGAAAUCAUCACCUGAAGUUACAAAAACUCCUGUUAAAACGCCCAGUAAAAUAGCACAAAGUUUAACGUCAAGCACAAAAGUAGUUCCACCUCCUGCCGUCCGCCAAGUAUCACCGCGAAAGGCUAACAAAAGGACUUCCCUAAGCUUGUCUUCGUCAUCGAGUUCGCAGCAUCCGCCGAAAGAUGUUAUAUGUGAUGUUUGUAAAGAAUCAGGAACACCACAGAAUCUUGUCUUUUGUGACGAAUGCCGUAAAAACUAUCAUUUUACAUGUCUUGAUCCACCGCUUAAGAAAACACCCAAACGCAGAGGUUAUUCCUGGCACUGCGCAGAUUGUGAUCCAACUGAUGUUGAAACAACGUAAUCAUGUACAAAGAGACACUAAGAAAAAGCUAUAAGUUAGAAUAUAAAAUUCAUCACUCCUACAAAAACCAUAACAAAAAUUAAAAAAAAAAAAACAUUUAAAAAUUUAACAAACAAUUCAUAAAGCUUGAGGAGCAAAUCAGAAAUUCGAAAUAAGUCGGAUUAAAUUGUGUAUUUAGUAUUAAAUAAAUUUUUUAGUUUCCAUAUUAAUUUCUACAAGAUUGCAAGAACUAAAUUUUUGAUUCUAAUUUUAUCUGAACCUAUUUAUUUUUUUGAUAAAUCGUACAUCGUGUAUCACAGAAUUAUAUUUAUUUCUAUAAAACUUCGAAUGUAUUUGCUUCAAAACAAUAAAAAGUUGUCCCUGUAAAUCUGUGUAAAAAUGAAUUUAUUGUUCAAAUUUAACGGUAAAUAUAAAUAAAACUAAAACUGUCAGUAUUUAAACAUGUA